AACGGAAACCCAACGAGAGCCAAAAACUCGUGGGGUUCCCUUCACCGUCGCAAUCGCAACUGGAGUUGGAUUGGAGAAAAAAAAACCCCUUUUCUCAAAAUUCGAUCUCAGAUCUCUCGCUUCUCGAUGAAACUGUUGAUCUCUUGAUUUCAUUCUUCUCGCCUUUUGGAGUAAGAGAGCGUUUCAAGAUCUUUUGGCGCUUGAAAUUUUGGCGCUAGGGUUUUAUCGAUGGUUUUGGAUGCAAUUGGAGCACUUUUUUAGUGGGAGAGCGUUUCAAGAGCUUUGGUGUUGGACUUAUUGAGCUAGGAUUUUCUCGAUAGUCUCCGAUGCGAUUCAAUUGAUUUUUUAGGUGUAACCCACAAAGGUUGUUGCUUCGCGAAACUUAAGCAUCGCUUCAUAAUUUGUUAGAAAUGUUAGGAAGAAGACUGUUUUUUCUACUAUUAUUAUGACCAGCGGGAGAGUGGAUGUGGUCAAUAGCAACGGCUGCUCAAGGCUCUUUCAUGGAUUUUCUGCAUCAGUUUCUUCUCUGAACGGUUUUAGACUCACCCAUAUUAUGCCGCCAGCUUCUUCAGCCAUCUCUGAGCCUUUGAUACCUGGACCUUUUGCUGGUUUAGUCAUAUGUGUUACAGGACUCUCAAAAGAAGCAAGAAUGCAGGUUAUGGCUGCAACAAAGAGAUUAGGUGGUAAUUACAGCUCCAGUCUACAUCCUCAAUGCACUCAUCUGGUGGUUCAAAGUUUUUAUGGGCGUAAAUUUGAGCAUGCUUUAAAGCAUGGAUCAAGGAAUGGUCUCUUUAUUGUUACUCUAGGCUGGUUUGUAGAUAGUGUGAGAAGAAAUGUGAGGUUGAGUGAGUUGCUAUAUAGUGUUAAACAUGCUCGAGAGAAUGUCAUUCCACUAGGGGAGUUGAAUCAGCUUGCUGGACUGCCUGGAGCUGAAAAGUCCUGCCUUCCAACUGGGGUCUUUGAAGAUGAGAAAUCUAUGAGCAGAAUUUGGCAAAAUCAUCAACAAUGUUCUAGAAAAGAGCUUAGGAGCAGUGGAGCUGUUCUGUCUGGUGAUUGCAUAUAUGUUGAUUCUGAUACAUCAACCGAGUUGAAGAAGAAGGUUGUUGAUGCAGCUACCAGAGAAGGUGCAAUGAUCUUGGAACAAUGGUUUAUUGGUUGUCCUGCAAGCCAUGUUGUCUGUGAAGGUCCUUCUAUUUGGAGAUACAUCGGUCAUACUAAUCACCUUGUAACGCCAUUGUGGAUCCUGAAAACAGUAAAGGAGAAAUCCUUGCAACGGCUUGUGCACUUAUCUUCUGAUCUAGCAAGACAGGUCGGAAUGGUUCUUGAAAAUGGUCAGAUUACACUAAAUCAACAGGAUGCAUAUGGAGAAAACACCGACCAAGUUAGUAUGAGUUCUAGAAAGUCCCUUUUGUACACAAAAGGCAAAGAAACCCUUGAGGAGAGACAAAAGCUUGUUGAUAUGGCAAAGUCGUGUAUCAGGACCCGUCGGUCUCAUCGCAUGCAAUCAUGUCAAAUGCCAAUUCAUCCAAUCACGCCCAACAGCCUUAUGGAUUCAAUCUGUUGGUCCGUAUCUGAACCAACUUCAACUGCACGUAUUUAUACUGAAUCCUCCAGUACAGACGACGCCACUGAGCAAUAUACCUCUAUGUUCUUCGAUGCUCGAGCUGAUGGGAGAGAUUCUGAAGUAUUAUUGGACAAUUUCUCACGUCCACUUAGUGAGAGUGAGAAGGGGGAAGUUAUUUUUAAAAACCACUUCCUUACUAUACUUUUUCCAGUUGACCGGUUUGGUGAACUUGGACCUUCUUCAAGAACAUUCUUUAGCAAUGGUGGGUUUUCAUGCUUACAAGUCUUGGAUUACAUCUACAACUUUUAUCAGCAAAACAUGGCCGCUGAAGAAAUAGAUAUGGCGAUUCACACUGACUCAAGACAUGCUGAUCGACUUCGGUCACUCUAUGCUAGCAAAGAAUCGGUCGAUCUAGGCUUUGUGUCAUUCAAGAGAAUUGAAUUUCUUGGAAGCAGAAGAAGUUUUGAAGCUUUGAAGCGGGUUAGCGGGGAAAAUAAUAGUAACUUGUACCAAUUACUGAUUAGAGCUUGAUUUGUCUGUUUCCUUGGUCUCUCUGUAUUACGUUGUACCUUCGAUGUAAACUUCUGUAUAAAUAAGGUCAGGAUAUAGUGUGCAUAACAAUAGCAAAUUAUACCAAUUACUUGUUAGAGCUUGAUUUAUUUGUUCCGUAGGGAGAUGA